AUGGACGGCCGCGAGUUCGCGCCCCCGCCUCACCUCCUCGCCGAGCGCGGCAGCGUGGGUCACCGCAGCAGCGCCGGCCGCCUGGCCGCGUCCGGCCACAGCCCCGUGCAGCACCCGGGCCACUUCCAGCCGGGCAAGUUCUACCCCGCGCCCAUCUCCAUGGCGGCGCACACAGCAGGGAGUGGAUUGAUGGGGAACACGCCCGCCUCAUCCUUCAUGGGCAGCUUCCUCACCAGCAGCCUGGGCUCGGCCGCCCCCACGCACCCCACGGGCCCCGCCUCGUCCCCCUCGGAGCCGGCCUACCGGGGCCCGCACUCCGGCACCUCCCAGAUCUGGUUCUCGCACUCCCACGAAGCUCCGGGGUACCCCAGGUUCUCGGGGAGUCUGGCCUCCACCUUCCUGCCCAUGAGCCAUUUGGAUCACCAUGGAAACAGCAACGUCCUCUACGGCCAGCAUCGGUUCUACGAAAGCCAGAAAGCAGAUAACUUCUACCUGCGGAACCUGCCGGCCCAGCCCACCCUGCUGUCAGCCAACCACAACUUCCCCACCAUUGCCCGAGCAGCCCCCGGCCACCCCAUCGGGUCCUGCAGCCGUGACCGCGAGGCCAGCCACGGGCAGAAGAGCCACAAGGAAUACGACCGCUACCUCCUGGCCAAGGAGAAGGCGGGCAAGGGGGAGGCCAAGGAGAGGCUGGGGGAGGAGGACGUGAAGGAGCGGCACAAGCUGGUGCUGCCCAUGAUGCCCGAGGGGCACUGUAAGGAGGGGGUCCACCAGAGGAGCUCGUGCGAGAACCGGGCCAAGCACCUCAACUCCUGCCUGCUGAACUCCAAAAUGCUCAAUGGCGACGCCCACAAGGCCGUGCUGCCCAGCUGCACGGGCGGCGCCCUGCCCCGCCACGCCGGCAUGGCCCAGAGCCGCUGCCCCAAGGACAUGCUGAGGUCGGAGCGGGAGCUGGCUCCCCACGAGUCACCCCAGCCCUACAGCGAGUGCCUGGAGCGGCGCCAGAUGCUGCACCACUCGGUCUCCUACACCGUCCCGUCCAGCCUGCCCGCCAUCCCGCCCCCGCUCAGCACCUCGGCCGCCACCUUCCCCUGCCUGCAGCUCCACUCCAGCCCCGACGGGCUGUGCCCCUUGCAGGACAAAGCCGGGCGGGAGCUGAAGCUCAGCGGGGCCACGUUCGUGCCGUCGGUGGGACACUUGACCGACAAGAGCAGGUCUUUCCAGGUGGCGGCCGAGGCCUGCAGCCUGGAGCGCGGCGAGGCCAAGGAAAGGCACGAGAUGGGCUCGGAGCACACGGGCGCCUACGGGAACUCCUUCCACCAUCUCAAGGCGGAGGGCAAGGCGGAGCGGAGGCUGGAGUGGGCGCAGAGCUCCAACGCCCGGCUGAAAGGCCUGGAGUACCUGAACAGCGCCGGCUCCGAGGCCCCCUUCCCCAGCCUGCCCCAGGCGCCCAAGGGUGGCCUGGAGAAAGGCAGCUACUUCGAGAUGGCGCCGUCUCAGGACUGCUCCCGCGCCAGCCACCAGGACGCCCUGUGCGUCAAACUCAGCCAGUCCUGCUGCACUUUAGACAAGAGCUCCAAGGAGUGCCAGGGCCAGAGCGCGCAGAAGGUGGCGCGGAUACGGCACCAGCAGCACGUCCCCCCGGAGCUGGAGCUGGCGGGGAGCGGCUCCGAGGCCAGGAGGAAGGCGAUGGGCUACAAUGGAGCCCCUCUGCCCCCCUGGGGCGUGCAGGGGCAAGGCGCGCCCAUGUCCAUGGGCGAGGAGAGGAAGAGCUCCUAUCUCGACCCCUUCAGCACCAGUUUGCAGCAGGCUGCGCUGAUGACUCAGGGCUCGGUGCUGAGCCAGGACAUGCAGAACCCCCCCGACGAGGUGUCGGCCAUGAAGAACCUGCUGAAAUACAGCAACCAAGCACUUACCGUGGGCCAGAAGGCCCCCUUCGUGGGGCUGGGCACCGUCAAGGGCAGCUGCGCUCAGCAGGACGGGAAAUUCCAGGCAGGGAAAGGGCAGCAGGAGCUGGAGCGGCCGGACUGCGCCCGCAGCAGAGACCAUGAGCUGGCCCACGGGGAGGGCGAGGUGCGGCAGCCACCCGUGGGCAUCGCUGUGGCGGUGGCGCGACAGAAGGACACACUGAGCCGGCCGGAGCCCUCGUACGGCACCAACUCCAGCCGGCAGAACAGGGUGACCAUGGGCCUGAAAGCCGGCUCAGCACGACCCAUGCACGUCAUCGACCUGGAGGCGGAGGAGGAGCGGAGCCGCCUGUGCGAGGAGCGGCUGGGGAUCACGGGCCGAGAGCUUCUUCUCCAGGAGAACAAGGACCUUGUGGACUUUGCCAGGAUCCACCCAUCCAGCGGCUGCCCGGGCGACCUCACCCCCCACCUCAUGAUCGCAGGCGGCUCCUCCCUCCAGGCCGGCCAGUUGGGAGGGGACCCCGCAGCCCACGCGCACCCGGCCCACACGCACUGGCUGCCCCGGACGCGCAGCCCCUCCAUCUGGAUGGGGGGGCACUCGUACGGCAUCAGCCACCCGGCCUUGCAUCAGAACCUGCCGCCCGGCUUCCCAGCCUCCAUGCCCAGCACCAUGCAGUCCGUGUUCCCCCUUCCCCAGGAUCCCCCAGCGCAGCUCGUCAUCCUGCCCACGGAGCCGUCAGCCCACGGCGCCCCGCACACGCUGGCUGAUGUUAUGGACCAGGCCUCGCUGUGGCCGCCCAUGUACCCGGGCCGGGGCCCCAGCUCCCACCUGCAGCACGCGGGCCAGCUCCCCGUCUACUCGCGCUCGCAAUUCCUCCGGCAGCAGGAGCUCUACGCCCUGCAGCAGCAGCAGCGGGCGGCCCAGGCGCUGGAGCUGCAGAGGCAGUCGCAGAUCCAGCGGAAGGUGGAGGAGCAGCCUGCUGAGCUGGAGGAACCAGGCCCCGAGAAGCCCCUCAAGCCGUCCCAUAAACCAGUUGCCUUAACGCCCCCCACCAAGGGCCUCUCCUCGCCGGCCCCCUGCCCUGCCAAGCUCUCACCCUGCUGCCACUCGCCCGCCCUGCGGCACCCAUCGAAAUGCCCCUCGGCGCAUCCUGCCGCCCCCUGCACUUUACCCGUCUGCCCGGCGCCCAGCUCGGCCGUUGCCCCGCGCUCCCCGCCCGCCAGCCCCAGCCCCUCGCCCAGCUCCAAGAGCAACGAAGCGGAAGACAAGCGGGUGGAGGGGCAGCCGCCCCGGGGCUACCCCAAGUCGCUGGAGCCAGACCUGCCGCCUGGAUACAGCUACCCCGCCGUCAGCAUGGGCUACUCCUCGCCGCUGGCCGUGCACGCCGCCGAGCCGGCUGACCCCGACACUAUGCAAAGCGUCUCCCCGGCGGCCGAGCCCGAGCAGUCCCGGACGUUCCCUCCCACGGAGGAGCCGUGCCGGGCCAGCGCCGCAGCCGUGCUGGAGGAGGCCGGGCGGGCGGUGCCGGGUGCCACGGCCGAGCCCAAGGCCCAGGCUGCCAUGGGCCAGCAUCUCCACCACCUCCUCCUCCCCCCGGGGCAGGCCUCCGGGGAGCUGGUGGGGGCAGCGACGGGGCGGGGCCCGGCGGAGGAGCUGGGAGAGACGCCCUACAGCCCAAUGCUGGGGGGGCCCGGCUUGGCCUCGGCUCAGGGAGCUCCGGAGGAGAGCGGGGGCCUGGAGGAGCAGCCGGGGGCAGCGCAGCUCACAGGGGCACCGGCAGGCUCCCCCCCGAAGGCCUCGGAGGGCGUAGCCGGGGAGGAGCAGGCGGCAGGGCGGGAGGCCGGCUGCGAAGAGGAGCAGGAAGGCGACUCCCUGAGCCUCCUGCGGGCGGGCAGCGGCCUCCAGGGCCCCCUGAGCGGGCUGGACGCACUGAUCAUCGCGGGCAUCGACCUGGGAGACCUCCCUGCCCUGAGCCCGCCCAGCGCGGCCCCCCCAGCGGCUCCCCCCUUGCCCUGCCCGUGCAGCUCAGGGAUCACCCUGCUCAGCGAACUGGCCGACCUGGAGCUCCAGCGGCAGAGGUGCGACGCGGCGGUGGGAGCGGAGGAUGAAGACUUGGUGGCUGUUAACCUUCGGAGCCUGGCGACCAUCGCUGCCCUGGUGGAGGCGGCCGGCGAGGAGAGCAGCCCACCCUGCCUCAGCCCCCUGGCGGCCCCCCUGGCCCCCCGCGCACGGGGCCUGCGACGGAAAUACACCUGGACCCCCAAAACCAAACCCGUCUGCCCCCUGAAGGCCGCCAUUGAGCAGCUGGACACGCAGGAGGUGGAGAUGCGGCUGCGGCUGGCGGAGCUGCAGCGCCGCUACAAGGAGAAGCAGCGGGAGCUGGUGAAACUGCAGCGACGGCAUGACCAUGAGCACGACGAGAGCUCGCGGAGUCCGGCGCGGCGCGGCCCGGGGCGGCCGAGGAAACGGAAGCACUCCAGCAUGCUCGGCACCCUGCGGCAGAACAACGCGCUCAGCAGGGCUGACGGCAGGAAAGUCAAGGCCGUGAAGACCAGCCUGUCCCUCCUGUGCGCGGAGCUGCGGAGCGACGGCGAGCCCAAGAAGAAGCGGAGCAGGAUUGCCGAGGCGGCCUACAGCAGCCUCAAGGGCGCCCAGGACAAGGUGCGGUGCAAGAAAAGCGCUGCCAAGGCAGCUCACAAGGUCUCCCAGCUGAAGCAGAAAGUGAAGAGCAAAGGGCUCCCAGCCGGCAUCAGCCCCUUCCGCAGGAAAGAACCCAGCCCCGGCAGCCGGAUCCAGAAGAAACUCUCCAGGGCCAAGAGCACCAAAGCCGCGGCCUCCACCAAGUACCCGCAGCCGGACCCGGCCAGCCGGGAGACUUCUCACUUCAAAGCCACGCCCAGCCCGGGGGCAGCCGGUGCAGAUGCAGACUACGAGAGCGAGGACGGUGCCGCCCUGUCGCCUGACGAGACCCUGCCCCCCGCCGUGGUCGGGCCCUCCCCAUCCUCGGUGGUGAAGAUGGAGGCCAAUCAGAAGGCGAAGAAGAAAAAGGAAAGGCAGGGGUUGCUAGGGCCUUGUCGAAUCUCCAGCCCAGAGGGCGAAGUCAAGAUCAAGCGGCGCCCAGGGAAGCCUGGCGCAGGGAAGCUGGAGAAAGUGCCCGCCAAGAGGAAGACGGGGGCCUGCGAGGGGACCGCCAAGAAGAAGCUGAAGGGGAAUCCCAAGGAGAGCCUGCGGCAGCUGGUGCAAUCCGGCGCGGGCAGCCUGGCAGCCAGCAACAGCCCCUUCCCCGGCACCGACGCCAGACAGUUCACACCCAGGGAGGAUGGGGCCAAGAUUUCCAGCGAGCGCCUGAAGAAAGCCACGCGCAAGAGCAAGGUGCUGCAGUCGGCCCUGCGGCGGAAGAACGGGGCGCUGGCCCUGGCCCUCUCGCCCAGGAAUGCUAAAACCAUCCUCAGCAAAGGCAAGAAGCUGGGCAAGGUGAAGAGCAAGGUGGCCACCAAACAGUGCAAGGGGCGGGCGGUCAGUAAGCUGCUGGAGAGCUUCACCGUGGAGGACGACUUCGAGUUUGAUGACAACAGCAGCUUCUCAGAAGAGGAGGAGAGCCCUCGGCUGGGGGCUGAGCAGGGCGCAGCCCACGCGCACUCCUGUACUAUCCGCAAGGAGGACCUGCGGGACGGCCUGCGCGUGCUCAUCCCCAAGGAGGACAGUCUGCUGUACGCCGGCAGCGUCAAGACCCUGCAGCCUCCGGACAUCUACAGCGUUGUGAUCGAGGGGGAGAGAGGGAACCGCCAGCGGAUCUACUCCCUGGAGCAGCUCCUGCAGGAAGCCGUGCUGGACAUCAGACCCCAGUCCAGCCACCACCUCCCGCCAGGCGCCAGGGUGUGCGCGUACUGGAGCCAGAAAUCCCGCUGCCUCUACCCGGGCAACGUGGUGCGAGGGCCCUCCAGCGACGAGGAGGAGGAGGAGGAGGACCUGGACUCGGUGGUGGUGGAGUUUGACGACGGGGACACAGGCCACAUCUCGGUAUCCAACAUCCGCCUGCUGCCCCCGGACUACCAGAUCCAGUGCACGGAGCCCUCCCCUGCCCUGCUGGUAUCCAGCACAUGCCGACGGACGAAGCGGUCCUCCAGCGACGCCCCCCCGCCCAGCGAGGCGGUCCCCAGCCUGUGUGUGGAUGGGCGUGACAGCGCCGAGCCAGCCAAGAACGCCAGCAAGAAGGCCACUAGCAAAGAGAAAGCCGGUAAAGCCGAUGUGCUGGCCCUGGGUGCCAAGGCGCUGCCGCCGGCUGAUCACUUCCUGGGCCGGCGUGGCAGCCCCCUGCUGAGCUGGUCGGCGGUGGCCCAGGCCAAGCGGAAGGCGGCCAGCAAGAACCCAGCCGUGCUGCAGAACCUCUUCCAGUUCAACGGCAGCAGCAAGAAACUGCGGGCCAAAGAGGCCCUCUUCCCCAUGCACAGCGUGGCCGCCCCCGUCUUCGGCAACGGCUUCGGUUCUGACUCCUUCAGCAGGAUCGCCAGCUCCUACGCCUCCUUCGGCGCCGGCGCUGGCCUGGUGCUGCCCAGCCCCCAGAAGCUCCUGCGGGCCAAGAAGGUGGAGAGGCUGGAGGCGGAGGUGGGCAAGGGGGGCAGGAGGAAGUCGGGCAGCGAGUACCUGGUCAAGCUGGACCACGAGGGCGUGACGUCCCCCAAGAACAAGAACUGCAAGGCCCUGUUGAUGAGCGACAAGGGCUUUGGGCCCAAGCUGGAGAGGCCCCUGCCCAGCCAUGGCUACGCCCACCCAGCUCUGGUGGGCAAGGACAAAAAGGGGCGGGCCCCCAUACACCAGCUGCCCAUGGGGCUGGCGCUGCGCAAGUACUCGGGCCAGGCCGACUACGCCUUGAACUGUGACAGCGACUGCCACAGCUCCUACUCCGACGAGGACGAGGAGACUGGUGGGCUAGGCGCCAACGUGCCCUCGCGCUUCAUGACGCGCCUCUCGGUCUCCUCCUCCUCCUCCGGCUCCUCCACCUCCUCCUCCUCCGGCUCCAUCUCCACCUCCAGCCUGUGCUCCUCGGACAACGAGGACUCCUCCUACAGCUCCGACGACGAGGACUCCACCCUGCUGCUGCAGACCUGCCUCACCCACCCCGUGCCCACCCUGCUGGCACAGUCCCAGGCCCUGCGUUCCAAGAGCAGCGCCCCGCAGAGGUGCUACAUCGCCAAGGCCGCCGCCGCCAGCGCCAAGGCCAAGCUGAAGCGCAAGGAGGCCCUGAGCUUCUCCAAAGCCAAAGAGUUCUCCCGGAGGCAGCGGCUGCCGUCGGUGGAAAAUCGGCCAAAGAUCUCCGCUUUCCUGCCAGCGCGGCAGCUCUGGAAGUGGUCGGGGAACCCCACACAGAGAAGGGGCAUGAAGGGCAAGGCCCGGAAGCUGUUCUACAAAGCCAUCGUGCGGGGCAAGGAGACGCUGCGCAUUGGCGACUGCGCCGUGUUCCUCUCGGCCGGCCGGCCCAACCUGCCCUACAUCGGGCGCAUCGAGAGCAUGUGGGAGUCGUGGGGCAGCAACAUGGUGGUGAAGGUGAAGUGGUUCUACCACCCCGAGGAGACCAAGCUGGGCAAGCGGCAGAGUGACGGCAAGAACGCGCUGUACCAGUCGUGCCACGAGGACGAGAACGACGUGCAGACCAUCUCGCACAAGUGCCAGGUGGUGGGGCGGGAGCACUACGAGCAACUGACCAGGAGCAAGAAGUACCAGGACCGCCAGGACCUCUAUUACCUAGCGGGGACCUACGACCCCACGACGGGCCGGCUGGUGACUGCCGACGGCGUCCCCAUCCUGUGCUGA